CCAAUGGCGUGCUGAGAGCGAUGCUGUUAGGUUGUGCCGCUAGGCGAAGGUGGUAUGAGGCGCGCACCUCUGGCAACAGGAAGGUGGUGACUGUGGAAUGCGAGGAACUGCUGCUGCUGCUGCUGCUGCUGGGUCCUUGGGCUGACCAGCGGUGCUGCUGUUAUUACUGCCGCCGCCGCCGCCUUUAUUGCUCCAGGCUUGGGGACGGAGCCUUCUGCUUGGAUUUAGACUCAUUGAUUCGCAAUGUGGCUCCUGGAUUAACUGGCGCGGAUCAGCUGUUCUCCGGUGCUGCUGUAAUAAUGGGCAGCUCUAGCACUGGGUGGUGUGUGUGACAGCAGGAGAUCCAGCAGGAUUAAAUGUGCGUGGGACAGGAGGAAGUUUGACUGUCUAUCCCGUCAUCUAAGCCCAUGAAGAGGAAUGAUGACUCUAUGAGGAAACUUCCCUGCACUUGGAUUUUGUCAUUGUGGUUCAUGAUUGCCCCCAGUCAACAAUGUGCCAUUUACUUAAAAGGAGAUUUACUCUCAGAAGGAGAUAUUCAGAACAUGCAUCCUGAGCAUCCCUCCAGCAUCUUCCUUGUCCGUUGUGCUUGUUAGACUUACAUGUAGAUUGCUUAGCACAAACAAACAAUUACACCUGCCUUGCUCAACCUCAGACGUUCUGCUUUUGUUGUGUCUUCAGCUGAGUUAGCUGUUUAUCAUCAUGGCUUCAGUAUGGAAAAGACUGCAACGUGUUGGGAAACAUGCAUCCAAGUUCCAGUUUGUGGCCUCUUAUCAAGAGCUGAUGGUUGAGUGCACUAAGAAAUGGCAACCUGAUAAAUUGGUAGUGGUUUGGACAAGAAGAAGUCGAAGGAAGUCUUCUAAGGUUCAUAGCUGGCAGCCGGGAAUAAAAAAUCCCUACCGUGGUGUCGUUGUGUGGCCUGUUCUUGAAAAUAUUGAAAUCACUGUGACACUUUUUAAGGAUCCCCAUGCUGAGGAAUUUGAAGACAAAGAGUGGACAUUUGUCAUAGAAAAUGAAUCUCCUUCCGGACGCCGGAAGGCUCUUGCUACCAGCAAUAUUAACAUGAAGCAAUACGCAAGUCCAAUGCCUACGCAGACUGAUGUCAAGUUAAAAUUCAAGCCUCUGUCUAAGAAAAUUAUAUCUGCUACCUUGCAGUUCUCUUUAUCAUGUAUUUUCCUGAGGGAAGGAAAAGCAACGGAUGAAGACAUGCAAAGCCUGGCAAGUCUGAUGAGCAUGAAGCAAGCAGAUAUUGGAAAUUUAGAUGAUUUUGAGGAAGAUAAUGAAGAUGAUGAAGAAAACAGAGUGAACCAGGAAGAAAAGGCUGCAAAAAUUACAGAGCUUAUCAACAAGCUUAAUUUCCUGGAUGAAGAGGAUCAAGACAUGGCCAGUUCCAGUUCAUAUCCAUUUGGAGAUCCUGAUAGAACAGAACUGAAUCCCUUUGGAGGCCCUGAAGUGGAUGAACCAGAUAUUAAGGUGGCUUCAUCUUCAAAACAAGAAGAAUCCUACUACGAUGAUGAUGAAUACAACCCCUUUAAAGAAGAGGAGGCUGUUGAGUAUGUGAACCCUUUCGAUGAGCCGGAUCCUGAAACAGAGUUGCUGGCACCCAUUAAAGACUUUCCACCUCAACCAGCAAAAAGAAAAAAUGUACGGCCUGUGGACAUGAGCAAAUACCUCUAUGCUGACACAUCAAAAACAGACGAAGAAGAGUUAGAUGAAUCAAACCCAUUUUAUGAACCAAAAUCAAGCACUGCUUUAAAUAACCAAGUUCCUCCGCUGCAAGAAAUGGAAAGGAAGAUGAAAAGAAAAGCUCCUGAACCACCAGUCCUCUCACCAAAGACAGAAAUGGAAACAAGUGAGAACAUGUCAGCUAUUCAUGCACUGAAGGAACGUUCCUCUUCUCCUCAGCCAAGCCCAAUACCAAGUCCUGUUUUGGGGAGGAAGCCAAAUGCUAGUCAGUCACUUCUUGCUUGGUGCAAAGAAGUUACAAAAAACUAUAGGGGAGUUAAAAUCACCAAUUUCACUACAUCCUGGAGAAAUGGAUUAUCCUUUUGUGCAAUAUUACACCACUUUAGGCCUGACCUAAUUGACUACAAGUCCCUGAAUCCUCAAGAUAUUAAAGAGAACAACAAAAAGGCCUAUGAUGGAUUUGCCAGUUUAGGAAUAUCCAGACUCCUAGAACCUUCUGACAUGGUUUUGUUAGCAAUUCCUGACAAACUGACUGUUAUGACCUAUCUUUACCAAAUCCGGGCACAUUUCAGUGGGCAAGAGCUAAAUGUGGUUCAGAUUGAAGAAAACAGUAGCAAAAGCACAUACAAAGUGGGCAACUAUGAAACGGACCCAAACAGUUCUGUUGAUCAGGAAAAGUUCUAUGCAGAACUAAAUGACUUGAAACGGGAACCAGAACUGCAGCAGCCUGAAGGGAGUUUGGCUGACGCUGUUUUUCAGGAUGACUCUGUAUUUAUAAAUGACAGUGGAGUUGGGGAGACAGGAAGUAAGCAUCAGACACCAGAUGACCAUCUACACCCAAGUGUGGCUUCCCCUUCUCACAGGACUAAAACUGACACAGUUCAACCAAAAAACCAACAGAGCUUAGGGAGGACUUCUGGAUUUGAGGAAAGUGGGAAAAGCAGCACAGCACAAGCACAGCCUUUGUUGGGAAGGAAAAAACUGCUAAAAGCAGACACUUUAGAUCUGAGUGAUUUGGCACAGGUCAGCGAUCCCAAAAGAGAUGCAUUUUCAACAACUUUAUAUGAGGAUACUGACAAAAAAGAACACCAAAAUUCUGAUAUUACUAUUAAUUUGUUAGAACUAGAAAAACAUGUACAUCCAGACAUCAGAGAGAGAAGGAAAUUGGAUUCUGAAUUGCUUGUUGAAAAAACAGAAGAGGGAGAUAAACCUGGAUAUGCUCACAAUAGGGAUGCCGAUGCUGAAAAAAAAUGCCAUGCCUCUCAGAGGCAAGUGGAGACUGAAUUGGAAUUGGAGACUGUGACAGCUAUAAAUCCAACAGAUCUGAUUACAAAAACUGCACAGCAGCGAAUGUUAUCAAGACAAGAAGAAUUAAAAGAACGAGCAAGAGUCCUGCUUGAGCAAGCAAGAAGAGAUGCAGCUUUAAAAGCAGGAAAUAGGCAGCUCUCUAGUUCAACCAUCUCAAGUCGCUCUAAGCAACCGAAUGACCAGCAAGAUGAAGAGCGACGUCGGCAGCUGAGAGAGAGAGCUCGUCAACUAAUAGCAGAAGCUCGAUCUGGAGUGAAGAUGUCAGAACUUCCUAGCUAUAGUGAAAUGGCUGCAGAAAAGUUGAAAGAAAGGUCAAAGGCAUCUGGAGAUGAUGAUGAAAAUGAUAAUAUUGAGAUAGUUACUAAUGAGGAGAUUCCUGAAUGCACUGUUACUGGUGGUGAAGAUCAACAUACUAACCUAGAAAAUGACCUUGAUUCUGAUGUUGAACAGAACAGCAAGUUGGUGGAUUUGAAGCUGAAGAAGCUCCUGGAAGCUCAGCCACAGGUGGCAAAUUCACUUCUUGGUGCUGCUCAGAAGGCAGUCACAGAUAGCACAGAGUCUAAGAAUGAGACAGAAGAACAUCGUGCUGAGCGAUUACAAAAAGCAACAGAAUGUUUUAGAAAUCCUGUUGUGUUCAACAAGGACUCCACAGUCAGAAAAACUCAGCUUCAGUCAUUCAGUCAAUAUGUUGAAAACAGACCAGAGAUGAAAAGGCAGAGAUCAAUACAGGAAGAUACAAAGAGAGGAAAUGAGGAGAAGGCAGCAAUAACUGAAACUCAGAGGAAGCCAUCAGAAGAUGAAGUGCUUAAUAAAGGGUUCAAAGACACCAGUCAGUAUGUUGUAGGAGAAUUGGCAGCACUAGAGAAUGAGCAAAAGCAAAUUGACACCCGUGCCGCGCUGGUGGAGAAGCGCCUUCGCUAUCUCAUGGACACAGGGAGAAACACUGAAGAAGAAGAAGCUAUGAUGCAAGAAUGGUUCAUGUUGGUCAAUAAGAAAAAUGCCUUAAUAAGAAGGAUGAAUCAGCUCUCCCUGCUGGAAAAGGAACAUGACCUAGAAAGGCGGUACGAACUGUUGAACAGGGAACUAAGAGCAAUGCUUGCCAUUGAAGACUGGCAAAAGACCGAAGCCCAGAAGAGGCGAGAACAGCUUUUGCUGGAUGAACUUGUUAUUCUUGUUAAUAAACGUGAUGCACUGGUCAGAGAUUUAGAUGCCCAAGAAAAACAGGCUGAAGAAGAAGAUGAGCAUUUGGAAAGGACUCUUGAGCAAAAUAAAGGAAAGAUGGCCAAGAAAGAAGAGAAAUGUGUCCUUCAGUAACUGGCUUUCAUGGGGAAAGAUACUGUAAUGUUUUAUAGUCUAAACCUCACAUUUUGGAAGUACUGACACCAAGACUAGAAAAACAAAAUCAGAAAUAAUACACUUUGGAAAAUGUUGACACCUUACCUUUGGCUAGACCAGCUUUAACCUGAAUUGUUUUUCUGAUUCUCCACGCUGCCCCCCCCAUCUCACCCUGGCCUUUCCCUUCAAGCAAUAUUACUUUAAAACUACAUUUCCCCCAGGAUUUACUUGCAGGCUUAGAUAAUUUUUUUACAUUGUUUUAAAUAAGUUUGCACCCAAAUGUUGUAGCAAUACCAGGGUUGUUUGAGAAGGGGGGAAAUCUUGGCCUUUAACAUUUUGUUGAAAUAACUUUAAAAUACAUUCUUCUAUGUAAUAGUAUUGCAGAGGAGGAGAGAAGACAAAAAUAAUUUUAAUUAUUUCAUCUAGUCCUGCCAGGUGUAAUAUUUAAUAUGCUGCCUAAAAUUUUAUCGCUAGAAUAUACUCAGACCAUUUAUUACAAUGUGCUAUAUUUACCAAUGUUUAUUUCAGCAGCAGUUUUACAUUUUUAUUUUAAGUAAAAUUUAUUAUCUUCCUGAUGUGUUCAAAGAGCAGGGGUUUUUUAACCUAUGCCUUGCAAAAACCUUGUGAUCUGAAGAACUGAUUGUAAUGAAAAGGUUAACUGAAGUGUGAUCAGUUUACAAAAAAAUCUUCUUUAGAAGCAAUUCCAUUUUUAUUAAUUAUUUAUUUAUCUCUUCGUUUAGUUCCCUUCUCUUCAUUUUGUCUGACCUCUGCAUUCUGGCUCCACAAUGCUGUUAAUAUUUAUUCUGUAUCCAUCAGGGACCUAUCUUGCCAUUAUUUGCAAAAUCCCCUUGCAAGUUAAUAUAUCCUUCCCUAGCAUCCUACUCAUUUUUGUGGAAACUGUUAUGUUUAUUUAUUACAAAGCUGAGUUAUGUAUAAAUUUUCAAUAAAGCUGGAUCUUUCUUACCAUAACUGUGGUGUUCUACUUUUCUACAAAAUCUUUUUUUUUAAAUCCUGAUGUUUCUCAGAUGCUUUGGUGGCAUCAUUCUCUAGUUAUGAUUGUCACACAAUAUCUGUGCAAAAU